GCCAAACAUGGCGGCUGCUAGCUAAAACAACCAGUCAACACCUUCGUCUUUUAUUGUCGUUGUCAGCAGUCAGAAAAUAACCAGAGUCGAAAAAGAUUAACGAAAAGAGACUGUGAAGAGCUGUCACCCAUAUCUCGCCUGUCCUGGUUUUUACCCAGCCGUAGUCCGGCAUGUGUAGGCGGUUUGUGAGCCACAGACAAGAAUGAACUGACACAUCAGCGAGCUGAGGACGGACUGUUUGUGCUUGGGCUCUUCACCUGUCCACCGAUAUGCUUCACAGGUAAUCUCAUUGAACCAGGACCUCACUCCUUCCUCAUCCCCACCCCCUGCUGAUGAUGUCAUCACCACCACCAGCAAAGCACUCCGCCACUUCCCUCUCUCCUGGCUCCCGGCUGCCUCCCGGGACAGCCCUGGACUCCCUGUCCCUGUCCUCCGUCUUGUCUGGGGAAUUAGACGAUGACAGAGAUGGAGAAAGAGGAGAAGGGGAGGAGGAAGGGCUGGGGGACCUAGAAGUGAACCCAUAUGAUGGUUUGCCUUUUUCUUCGCGCUACUACUCCCUGCUGGAAGAGAGGCAGAAGUUUCCUAUAUGGAGGCUCAGGCAGAGUCUACUGGAGCACCUGGAGAGCCACAACAUGGUGCUGCUCAGUGCACCCAGUGGAGCUGGAAAAAGCACCCAGGUGCCACAGUGGUGUGUGGAGUAUGCUUUGUCCUAUGAAUUUUCUCAGGGCUUGGUGUGCUGUUCCCAGCCCUAUUCGGUGGCAGCAGUGGGUCUGGCCCUUCGCGUGGCUGACGAGAUGGACCUCAGCCUGGGUCUGGAGGUGGGCUACAGGGUGUCUCAUGAUGACAGCUGUACACCCGACACCCUGCUCAGGUUUGUCAGUGACUCUCUUCUGCUGGAAGAAAUGAUGUCAGACCCUCUGCUCCAUCAGUAUGGCAUUGUGGUGUUGGAUGAGCUCCAGGAGCGUACCGUGCCCACUGAUGUGUUGCUGGGCCUGCUCUGUGACGUCUGCCGGCAGAGGCCAGACAACUUCCGGGUGGUUCUCCUCACUCACCCGACGCUGGCACCUCGCCUCUCCACCUUCCUCGGACCAUCAGUCCCUCACCUCUCCCUGGACAGCCUGCUCACUGACCCCCCUACCAGAGACCAGGAAGAGGGCCGUGAGGUAGAGGAGGACAGAAAGGCACUUGAAAUGAACAGAGUGGAGAUGCUAUACCGGGAGCUUUCAUCUGGGAAGGAACCAGCGGCUGCUGCCUGUCACAUGGUGCUGGAUCUUCACAGAAGAGGAGAAGAAGGAGAUGUGAUGGUGUUUUUGGCCAGUGCACAGGAAACAGAGGAGUGUGUGGCCCUGCUGGAGAAGGAGUGUGUUGCUCUGAGUCCUCAGCUUGGUCCUCUUAGGAUCCUCCCCCUCCAUGGCGGACUGGGUGGGCUGACCCAACGGGUUUAUGAAUCCGAUCCUGAAGCCUCAGCACUAAGUGAGAAUGAGCGCUCCAAGGCCCUGGACAGCUCAGUGCUGGGACCUGGAGGUCCGGGCAUCAAAAGGAAGGUUAUCUUCACUGAUACCCUCGCAGAGGCUUCCUUCUCACUGCCGGCUGUUCGCUAUGUCAUAGACACAGGCCUUCAACUUAAAACUGUUUACAUCCCACAGAUAAGAGCAAACUCGCAGGUCCUGAGAACGAUCAGCAAGCACCAGGCCGACAUGCGAACUCAGAGGGUGAACAGCCACCUUCCAGGGCUCUGUCUCCGUCUUUACCCCCAGUCUCUAUAUGAGGAUGGAAUGGGGGAAGCUCACUGUCCAGGAGUGAUGGAGGAAAACCUCAGCCACUUGGUGCUGCUGCUCAAGAGGCUCGAUAUUGCUGACAUGGGACAGUGCAAGUUCCUGGACAGACCGGCCCCUGAGGCUCUGAUGCAGGCCCUGGAGGACCUGGACUACCUGGCAGCACUGGAUGAUGAUGGUAACCUGUCAGAGGUGGGCAUCAUAAUGUCGGAACUGCCACUGGAGCCACCGCUGGCUAAAGCCCUGAUCGCUGCCUGCGAGUACGACUGUGUUGACGAGCUGCUCACUAUAGCUGCCAUGCUCACAGCUCCUUCCUGCUUUGUGACAACAGAAGCCAGCAGAGAGGAGGCUGCUAUCACACACUGGCGACCUCUAAUGCACACAGAGGGAGACCACAUGACUCUCAUUAAUAUUUAUAACGCCUUCAUAGAGCAUAAUCAGGAUGAGGUGUGGUGCACAACAAACUUCCUUAGUCACGCCGCCUUACGAUUGGCUGUGGUGAUCAGGGCUGAGCUCCUGGAGGUGAUGCAACGAAUAGAGCUUCCUGUUUCUCCUCCUUCUUUUGGAUGCCAAGACAACUGCACAAAUAUCAAGCGUGCUCUCAUCUCAGGCUUCUUCCUCAAAGUGGCUCACGAUGUGGAUGGCUCAGGUAACUACCUCCUACUAACUCACCGCCACGUGGCUCACCUGCACCCCUUCUCCUCCUACCUGUGUCGCCAGCCGUGCCCCAAACCUCCUAGCUGGGUCCUCUACCACGAGUUCACCAUCUCCCGUGAUAACUGCAUCCGCAUCGCCUCCGAAGUCCACCCUCAGAUGCUGGUGGAGCUGGCCCCUCAGUACUACCUGGGUAAUCUGCCAUCGAGUGACGGCAAAGAGCUGCUGAUGGAGCUGAGGCAGAGUCUGGGGCCUCAUUCAUACGGACAGGACGGAGUGUCAGAUGAGCACAGCAGGACUCACAGAGACACUGAUGGGAUGGGAGAGGCUCACAGUCAGUCCAGCACUGAGCUCUGUGUUGUCCAGUGAGACACACAAAGAGACAGAGCAUCUCAGGAGAGGACACUAAACACACAGCUGUCACUUUACUGUUUGAUCUGAGAUUUGGUACUUGGCAUGAAUUAGUCUGUGUAAUCUCUGUUGAGGUUUAAUCCUGUGAGAUUUCAAAUGGACAAAAUGGAAAACACUAAUGUACAGUAAUGUGCAUGUGUGUGUGUGUAUACACACACACACAUGCAUACGCAGACAACAAAACAAAAAUUGGAAAAGACAUGGAUAGAAUGCUUUAUCGGUCACCUUUGGGGUUUCAGCUAAAUGCAAUACACACUACUUCAGCAAGCAGAGACUCUGUUAUUGGGUGACCUCUGACCUCUAUGCAGAUGCCCAUGAGCAGAUGACUUAGGACUCACUGUGAUGAGGUACUGUCGCAUUGAGGCACAGAGCUUCUAUUUUCAACUUUAUGAUGCUAUUUGUACAAUGUUCGGGUUUCCUGCUUAGAUCUUCAUUCUGCCUUUUUCUUUCCAACUUUGUAUCAAUUAUAAAAAAUAUUUGUGUAGAUUCUUAUUGUUCUAUUUAAUAUGGUAUGUCUGUCAAUACAGUACUUCAGUACUUUAAAUAAAAGUGUGGUUUUUCAUGU